GUCUAGAAGUGAGAUGCCUUUGUUUGACCAAAUUGCGGAAGAAAAAGCCGUUUGUAAGCUUUCUUGGAUUUCUUAUUUUGGUGGUUUGGCGAUGCGCAUUGGCGAUAGUAUCGAGCUGAAUCAGCCGAUUUUGAGAAGACAAGCAGAUGUAGGAAAAGUUGGUUUUGCUUCAAAAUUACUCUAAACAUCGUGUAAAUCAAAAUGCCUUCUUGUAGAUACACGUAGAGACAAUGAUGUUUACACAGUACCCUGACUCGCAUCAUCACAAAUGGCAUGGCGUACUUGGCGUGCGUCUGGCACGCUACAGAAUUCCACUCUUUUGCUUG